AUGACUGAGGUCGGCUGGUGGAAGCUGACCUUCCUCCGGAAAAAGAAAUCCACUCCCAAGGUGCUGUAUGAGAUCCCUGACACCGACGUCCAAACCGAGGGCAGCACAGAGCCCCCUCGGACGGAGAGCGGGAGCCCCAAUAGCGACUUCGAUGCCCGCCUGGAGAAGAUCGUGGACAAGAGCACCAAGGGCAAACACGUCAAAGUCUCCAACUCGGGGCGCUUCAAAGAGAAGAAGAAAGUUCGGGCCACCCUGGCAGAGAACCCCAACCUCUUUGAUGACAGGGAGGGCAAAGGACAGUGA